AGGCUCUGCGGCCCAGCGAGGAGGAAGCUGCAUGCAGACGCCUCCGAGCAGGCCCUGCGGAAGCCACAGGCCUGGAGGAAGUGAGCAGCGCGUGGCCCCUCCAGCCCCCCACGGCUAGGAACUUAGCUUUUAUUUGGAAGCCAGUGAUCACGAGCUACAAGCUUCAUUCCCUGGUGUGAAGGAGGCAGCUGGGGCCAGCAAGGGACAAAUGGAGUCAGAGUCCUUGUACAACCUGCUGCAGCUCCCUAAGGUGACGGGCCCACCGGCGGAGGAGGAACUCCCACAAGGGGAAAAGAAGAAAUACCUGCCCCCCACUUCCCGGCAGGAUCCCAAAUUUGAAGAACUACAAAAGGUGCUAAUGGAGUGGAUCAAUGCCAAGCUCCUCCCUGAGCACAUUGUGGUCCGCAGCCUGGAGGAGGACAUAUUUGAUGGGCUCAUCCUGCACCACCUUUUCCAGAUGCUGACCGGGCUCAAGCUGGAAGUGGAGGAGAUGGCUCUCACGGCCCCGAGCCAGAGGCGCAAGCUCGAGGCGGUUCUGGAGGCCAUCAAUGGCAGUCUGCAGGUGGAGGAGCGGCAGCUCCAGUGGAGCGUGGGAACCAUCUUCAGCAAGGACCUGCUGGCCACCUUGCAUCUGCUCGUGGCCCUGGCCAAGCACUUCCAGCCCGACCUGCCCCUUCCGACCAACGUCCAGGUGGAGGUGAUCACCAUGGAGAGCACCAAAAGUGGUCUGAAGUCAGAGAAGUCAGUGGAACAGCUCACUCAGUGCAGCACAGACAAGGACCAACCUGCGAAGGACGUCUUUGAUGAAUUAUUUAGGCUGGCUCCGGAGAAAGUGAACACGGUGAAAGAGGCCAUUGUGAACUUUGUCAACCAGAACCUGGACCGCCUGGGCCUGUCUGUGCAGAACCUGGAUACCCAGUUUGCAGAUGGGGUCUUCUUACUCUUGCUGAUUGGACAACUGGAAGGCUUCUUCCUGCACUUGAAGGAAUUCCACCUCACUCCCACCUCUCCUGCGGAAAUGCUGCACAACGUCACCCUUGCCCUGGAGCUGCUGAAGGAUGAAGGUCUGCUCGACUACCCCAUCAACCCCGAAGACAUUGUGAACAAGGACGCCAAGAGCACGCUGCGGGUCCUCUACAGCUUGUUUCGAAAGCACAAGCUGCAGGAAAGCACGGAUAGCUUGCCCCGUGGACCCCCCAAAUAGCGGUCGCUGCCCCCAGAAGCUGCUUCUCGGAGCCCGCCUGCCUGCAGCAGCAGCAGCAGGAAGACCCACUGCCCCCGAGGGACCCGCCCCACCGCACGGCCCGUGCCCCCCGUUUCCUGCGUGUCUGCGGUGUGCCGGCCCCACCCCCACCCCCAUUCCCGUGUCCAUCUGAGUAUCUUUGAAUUCCGCAGGCAGGCAUGGAGGUGUUUUGAGCCACCCCCUGGCCUCACUCAGUUAAUAUUAACAAGUAUUAUUUCUGGGAGGGAUCUGGGGAGGCCGUAGUGUCCUGGGAGAGACGGUUCAAUCUGCUUGUGUACGAGCUUGCCCCCCACCUCCCCCCCAGUGCAGCUCCCCUUCCCACGGGCUGGGCAUGGAAGGUGCUUGGAGUCCCAUCUCCGAGGGCACCCAUGGGGGCCGCUGAGAGCCCAGUGAUGCUGACCUUCACUCGGGCUCCAGGGCCUGACCUUGGGAGCAGAAAGGACUCUCGGGUGUCAGGGCAGAUGGCCAGAGGCCCCAGCCUGCCCACAGUUAGCUAUUGCUAGCCUGUCUCUCCCUCAGGGGAUGGACGUGGCUCCAAAACCAAGCCCCCGAGCCCCUUGGGGCAGUUAAGUGGGUUACUUGCCAGAGGAACCGUGGGCCAGGCCCAACCCCACAACGGUGGCAGAGAACCUUGCCCAGAAAUCCCGAAGGAGAAAUCUUUGUGGUCUCCCAGUCUGUCCCAGGGAGGGGCCUUGCUCUCUCUCUGCUGAGACUUGGCACUUGCUGCCUAUGUUUCUCGAAGAAUAAGUCCCUGGAGGAGUGUUGACCAUGGCCGUCCUAGUAGCCGACGUGGGGGGGGAACCAACCAGGACAAGGCAUAGGGGGCAGGGAGUCAGGCCUGGCGGGGGAAGGCUGAGGUGGGCCCCACGGGGCUGCCGCUGGGCUUCUCCCCUGCAUUCCCAGCUCAGGACCCCCAUCGAGGACAGAGCCUGCUAGGUCUGGGGUCAUCACAGUUUGACGGCCUUGGACUUGGGGAGGGGCUUUGCGGUAGGGGGCUGGUGUGGGCCAGGCCAUCUCUGCUCCCUGGGGCCACUGCCGCCGCUGUGCCCAUCGGGAGCAUCACCUGUGCCUCCUUAUCCUCCGGAAUAUCUCCUGCUCUGAAACCUCCUUUGUCUGAUAUUAAUACAGCGAGGUAUCUUUUCCGUCUUUCUACUUUCAAACUCUCUGUGUCUCUGUAUUUAAAGAGGAUUCCUUACAGACACAAAUAGUUGUAUCUUUCUGACCAAUCUGAAUGCCUCUGCCUUUUAAUCACAGGAUUCAGUUUUUUUUUU